AUGUCCAAUGCCGCACCCAACCUUUCAGCGCCAGCCGCCCCUUCAGACGAGCCAGACGAAAUCAGAGCCAUCUGGGGUACAACUGUCAACCUCGCAGAAACCAUGAAACUAUUCCUCAACUUUCUCAAAGGCUUCAAGCCGAAAUAUCGUGUUUCAUAUGACAGAGACCUUGGUCUGAAAACACGUGUGUUUGCUACACCUGAGGAAGGCGAGGUGGCUCUAUACGAAACGUACUUGCGCAGGAUGAGGACUACGGGAGAUACGAACUUGAAUCUGGAUGUCGUCAACCUUCUUGCAUACCCACCCACCAAAAAACUUCACAGUCAGCUUGUCAAAUACCCCCAGGAAGUUGUGCCUGCUAUGGACCAGGUAUUGAAGGACUUGAUGUUAGAGAUUGCGGACAUGGAUCAACAGGCAGGAGUGGAUGGAAUGGAGGGCGCUGACGGAGAUGAGGAAAUUUCUGAUAUCAUGGGGAAGAUUUACAAAGUCAGGCCGUUUGGACUUACGACCGUGAACAUGAGAGAUUUGAACCCAACAGAUACCGAUAAACUAGUGGCCAUCAAAGGACUGGUCAUCCGCGCAACGCCAGUUAUCCCUGACAUGAAAGUUGCCUUCUUCCGCUGCCUAACCUGCUCACAUACCGUCCAAGUCGAAAUUGACCGCGGUAAAAUCGAAGAACCAGCCAGGUGUCCUCGCGAUAUUUGCGGAUCGCUGGGGACAAUGUCGCUCGUGCAUAACCGAUGCGAGUUUGCCGACCGACAAGUGAUACGCCUGCAAGAGACUCCCGACGCAGUGCCUGACGGACAAACGCCCCAUACCGUCUCUCUGAGCGUUUAUGAUGAGCUGGUCGAUGUAUCGAAACCUGGAGACCGCCUAGUCGUGACUGGCAUUUUCCGGAGUAUACCUGUCCGCGUAAACCCGCGCCAACGAACCAUGAAAAGUCUCUUCAAAACGUACCUUGACGUCGUCCACGUCAAGCUGGGUGGAGGUGGUACCCUUGGCUUUGACAAGACUACCCGACCACCAGGGGGCGACCACGAUGAAGAAAGCGGGAUCGAAGGUCGACAAAGCCGGAAAGCAGAGUUGGAGGAAAAGUUGAAGGAACUUAGUCGUCGACCUGAUAUCUAUGAGCUGUUAGCCCGGUCGCUCGCCCCUUCGAUAUGGGAGAUGGACGACGUGAAGAAGGGGAUUCUGUUACAGCUGUUUGGUGGUACUAAUAAGAGUAUUUCAAGAGGUGGUGGAGGUGGUGGGCCGAGGUACAGAGGUGAUAUUAACGUCCUUCUCGUUGGUGACCCUGGUACGAGUAAAUCUCAAAUUCUUCAGUAUGUUCACAAGAUUGCACCUCGUGGCGUCUACACAUCAGGCAAAGGUUCUUCAGCAGUCGGCUUGACCGCCUACGUUACGCGCGAUCCGGAUUCAAAGCAGCUCGUUUUGGAAAGUGGAGCUCUUGUCCUGAGUGAUGGGGGUGUCUGUUGUAUUGAUGAAUUCGACAAGAUGUCCGAUGCUACUCGGAGUGUGCUCCACGAAGUCAUGGAACAACAAACAGUCUCAAUAGCAAAAGCAGGCAUCAUCACUACCCUCAAUGCUCGAACAUCCAUCCUCGCAGCUGCCAAUCCUGUUGGUUCCAAGUACGACGUCGACCUACCCAUCACACGCAACAUCGACCUACCCCCAACGCUGAUCUCGCGAUUCGACCUCCUUUACCUCGUCCUCGACCAAGUCGACGAAGUCCAAGACCGCAAACUCGCACAACACAUAGCCAGUCUAUACCUCGAAGACGUCCCAGUCUCAGCCGAGCAGGACAUCCUACCCAUCCACGAACUCUCCGCAUACAUCGACUACGCCCGUUCACAUAUCCACCCCGUCAUAAACGAAGAGGCACAAGAGGAGCUCGUCAAAUCGUAUGCUGAGAUGCGGAACAUGGGAGACGACCCGCGUGCUUCUGAAAAGCGCAUCACCGCUACCACUCGUCAGCUGGAGAGCAUGAUCCGGCUCUCAGAGGCUCAUGCCCGCAUGCGUUUCUCAGACUUUGUCGAGUUGGAAGAUGUGAAGGAGGCGUGUAGGCUCAUGCGCGAUGCUAUACGGACGAGUGCGAUGGAUCCACGUACUGGGAAGAUUGAUAUGGGGUUGCUGAACACCGGUACCGGAUCUGGGCAGAGGAAGUUGAGGGAGGACAUGAGGAAGGAGGUGCUGAGCUUGUUGGAUGGGGCUGGGAAGGGGAGAGGUAUCAAGUGGUCUGAGGUGGUCAAACAGCUUGGGGAGCAGAGUAGUGUCAAGGUUGAUGUUACUGAGUUUUCAGAGGUGAUGAAGGGGCUGGAGAACGAGGGGUUGCUCAAGGUUGUUGGUGAGAGGGAGAAGAGGACGAUCAGGAGGAUAGAGGGAUGA